AUGAACCCUUUGUCUCUGGUGGCGGAACAUUGCGCAAAAUCUGGGCACACUUCCGCUUUCCAGAACGCCAAAAUUCUGGGUCGGAACAAUAACCGCGUAGCCAGGGAAACAAUCGAGGCCUGGCACAUGGAGACUACCUCAAUUAACUGUUGUGUCGCCCUUUCGGCAGCCUACCAAGCCCUCCGGACGCAGCUCAACGAACGAAGGAGCAAGGUCGAAGUUUGGCCAGUCCUGAAACCAAACGCGGGAGAACUUACGACGGACCUACACGUAGCCACACUGCAAAUCGGACCCGACGAUGGCGCAGUCAUCAGUACCGCUGCCUCAACCACUACUCUGGCAGACGGGGAGAAACGCGGUCAGAGAGACUUAAUUAAGGAGAGCAAAUCAGGACGGCAAGUAAGGUUAACGCGAAUGCGGGCGAUGGUUACCAUUGUUCUAAUACCGCCCCCCCCCCCGAUGAGGGGCAAGCAGAUUGACAAAAGUCACCCUCCCUUCCACACUGCCCCAGCGACUGCAGAGACAAUCCCUGUGCGUAUGCGGGCAACUAGCGCCGAAGCCGAUUAA